UACAUACAUGCUCCGCCCACGUGCUCUUACUUCUGCCCUAAGAAAGAUGAAUACUGGCGGAAUACAAUCAGUUAUGUUAUUUAAUCCUGAAGGUGUUCUUCUUGCCUACACGAGCCUUGCUGGUGAUAGUGAGCGAUCUAAAGCCGCAAUCGCAGCUAAUGUUUGGAAUAUAUAUCAGCGCCAACUAGAGUCCAGUGAAUCGGAUACUGUCCAGGAAAUAAUCUUGAAAUUGUCUGAAGGCAGACUAAUAAUUACACGUGUAGCGUCAGUUCUUCUUUGCCUCCAUGCCUCCAAAGAUGUUGGUUUGGGAAUGUUACGAGCUAAGAUGAAUGCUCUAGUACAAAAUUUACAAGAGCCAUUGAGUAUUAUUGCAGCUUCCUAAAAUCUUUCAAUUAGUUUGCACAUUAUUAUGUUCUUUUCAGACUUUUGUAAAUAUACACCUAUUUUCACUAGAUGUUAAUGUUUUUCUGUCUUAUGGUUUAAUUUUGUGAUGCUGUUUUUUAUACUAUUUGUUCAUCCUAGAUCCCUUUGUUGAUAGUCUACAUUUUAAUUAGAUAUGUUAUAAGGUUGAAUUAAUAUGCUAUAUAAAAAUGUCUAAUCGACUACCUAUAUGUUAAUGUGAUAAACUAUAUAAGAAACAUGUUUUUGAGUUUAGUUGUGCUAACUUCUUCCUUAAAAUUGGGCAUUUAGAGCCGGGGUACACUUUUCUGACUCAGUAAUUGUACUUUAAAUACGAAAACCAAUGAACUUCAGUUCCAAAUGGGACGUAAUAGGUUUUCAGAAACCUGAAUCGA